UUUGUUCAUGUAUAAACAUUCAUCAGCACACACAUCAGUUGUGGUAAACGGAAGCUCAAGCAUGUUUGCUUGACAUGCGAGAACCAAUGAGGUUCAUUCUCGUGUUACGCAGCACGUUUGAGCUUCUCCAAGAACCAAUGAGGUUCAUUCUCGUGUUACGCAGCCCGUUUGAGCUUCAGCAAGAACCAAUGUGGUUCAUUCUCGUGUUACGCAGCACAUUUAAGCUUCAGCAAGAACCAAUGAGGUUCAUUCUCGUGUUACGCAACACAUUUAAGCUUCAGCAAGAACCAAUGAGGUUCAUUCUCGUGUUACGCAGCACGUUUGAGCUUCUCCAAGAACCAAUGAGGUUCAUUCUCGUGUUACGCAGCCCGUUUGAGCUUCAGCAAGAACCAAUGAGGUUCAUUCUCGUGUUACGCAGCACAUUUAAGCUUCAGCAAGAACCAAUGAGGUUCAUUCUCGUGUUACGCAGCACGUUUGAGCUUCAGCAAGAACCAAUGAGGUUCAUUCUUGUGUUACGCAGCACGUUUGAGCUUCAGCAAGAACCAAUGAGGUUCAUUCUCGUGUUACGCAGCACGUUUGAGCUUCUCCAAGAACCAAUGAGGUUCAUUCUCGUGUUACGCAGCCCGUUUGAGCUUCAGCAAGAACCAAUGAGGUUCAUUCUCGUGUUACGCAGCACAUUUAAGCUUCAGCAAGAACCAAUGAGGUUCAUUCUCGUGUUACGCAGCACGUUUGAGCUUCAGCAAGAACCAAUGAGGUUCAUUCUCGUGUUACGCAGCACAUUUAAGCUUCAGCAAGAACCAAUGAGGUUCAUUCUCGUGUUACGCAGCACGUUUGAGCUUCAGCAAGAACCAAUGAGGUUCAUUCUCGUGUUACGCAGCACGUUUGAGCUUCAGCAAGAACCAAUGAGGUUCAUUCUCGUGUUACGCAGCACGUUUGAGCUUCAGCAAGAACCAAUGAGGUUCAUUCUCGUGUUACGCAGCACAUUUAAGCUUCAGCAAGAACCAAUGAGGUUCAUUCUCGUGUUACGCAGCACGUUUGAGCUUCAGCAAGAACCAAUGAGGUUCAUUCUCGUGUUACGCAGCACGUUUGAGCUUCAGCAAGAACCAAUGAGGUUCAUUCUCGUGUUACGCAGCACGUUUGAGCUUCAGCAAGAACCAAUGAGGUUCAUUCUCGUGUUACGCAGCACGUUUGAGCUUCUCCAAGAACCAAUGAGGUUCAUUCUCGUGUUACGCAGCACAUUUAAGCUUCAGCAAGAACCAAUGAGGUUCAUUCUCGUGUUACGCAGCACGUUUGAGCUUCAGCAAGAACCAAUGAGGUUCAUUCUCGUGUUACGCAGCACGUUUGAGCUUCAGCAAGAACCAAUGAGGUUCAUUCUCGUGUUACGCAGCACGUUUGAGCUUCUCCAAGAACCAAUGAGGUUCAUUCUCGUGUUACGCAGCACGUUUAAGCUUCAGCAAGAACCAAUGAGGUUCAUUCUAAUGUGUUACACGGGUAUGGUUCAGCUUCUGUUUGUGUUCGCUGAUCAAGGUUUAUAUGUAAAUAAAAGCCUAAAUUCAAUCUGUUCAUCAUACAAAGCGAUCAAGUCUCUUUGGAAAAUUUGGAUUAAGCCCCUCAAUUCAUAUUGAUUGUUUUACAAUCUCUUUAUGAACUUUUUGAAGCGUCAAAGUGGUAGUUGUGUAGGCUGUCAAUGGAGGGACAGAAAACUCUCAGAUUUCAAUAAAAAAGAUCUUCAUUUGUGUUCUGAAGAUGAAGAAAGUCUUACAGGUUUAGAACAACAUGAGGGUGAGUAAAUGAUGACAGAAUUUUAAUUUUUGGGUGAACUAUCCCUUUAACAUAUUACAUACACAAAAUGUGAAAUGAUUCUGAAUAUAAGAAUAUGAGAUACUGUAGCAGGUUUUGCAUAAAGGCUCAGUCAGAU